CUUCCUUCCUUCCGCGAAAGAGAGAGAGAGAGAAGAGAAUAGAAGAACGCACGCGAGAGAGAAAACGCGAGCCAAGAAAGCGCAUACGCGGAACGCGAUGCCCGUAUCCGUCCUCUGAUCUAAUCCGGCGAGAAAAGCCGGUUCUUUGACCACGGCGUCGCCGGUGAUCUUGAUGGCAUUGGAGGGCGGGAGCGGCGGCGGCGUCUUGUUCCGGAGCCUGAUGCGGCGGAAGCAGGUGGACUCCGAUCGGAUCCGGGCCGAGGGCAAGCCCCAGCUCGCCAGGGAGCUCAAAAUCCCGGAGUUGGUUGCGAUCGGGGUUGGUUCGACAGUUGGAGCAGGAGUAUAUGUUCUUGUGGGAACAGUUGCUAGGGAGCAUGCUGGUCCAGCAUUGACAAUUUCAUUUCUGAUAGCUGGAAUAGCAGCUGCCCUUUCAGCCUUCUGUUAUGCCGAGCUUGCUAGCCGUUGCCCCUCUGCUGGAAGUGCUUACCAUUAUUCAUACAUCUGCGUUGGAGAAGGUGUUGCCUGGUUGAUUGGUUGGGCUUUAGUCCUGGAAUAUACUAUUGGUGGAUCUGCUGUUGCCCGUGGCAUAUCCCCCAAUUUAGCCUUGUUUUUUGGAGGACCAGAUAGUUUGCCAUGGAUUUUAGCACGCCAUCAGCUUCCAUGGCUUGAUAUCGUUGUUGAUCCCUGUGCUGCUGCUCUUGUUUUAGUUGUAACUGUUUUACUGUGCGUGGGAAUAAAAGAGAGUACAUUUGUACAAGGACUUGUAACAGUUCUGAAUGCUUGUGUGAUGGUAUUUGUUAUUGUAGCUGGUAGUUAUAUUGGCUUCCAGAUAGGAUGGGUCGGCUAUAAGGUUACUGAUGGAUAUUUCCCAUAUGGAGUAAAUGGCAUGCUUGCUGGGUCAGCAACCGUUUUCUUUGCUUACAUAGGCUUUGAUACAGUUGCUAGUACAGCUGAAGAGGUAAAAAAUCCACAGAGAGAUCUGCCACUGGGAAUAGGAAUAGCGUUGGCUAUUUGUUGUUUAUUGUAUAUGGCAGUUUCUGUAGUUAUUGUUGGGCUGGUACCGUAUUUCGCUAUGGACCCAGAUACUCCCAUUUCAUCUGCCUUUGCAAAACAUGGAAUGCAAUGGGCCAUGUAUGUUGUGACAAGUGGUGCUGUUCUUGCACUUUGUUCGACCUUGAUGGGCUCACUUCUUCCACAGCCUAGAAUACUUAUGGCCAUGGCACGGGAUGGUCUGUUGCCAUCCUUCUUCUCUGAUGUUAACGAACGGACACAAGUUCCUGUCAAGAGCACAAUUGUGACUGGUGUCUGGGCAGCUGCUCUGGCUUUUGCCAUGGAUGUCUCACAGUUGGCAGGAAUGGUCAGUGUAGGCACACUCCUGGCAUUCACCAUAGUUGCUGUCUCGAUCUUGAUACUCAGAUAUGUCCCUCCAGAUGAGGUCCCUUUGCCACCCCUUAUGCGAGAAUCAUUCCGUUUGAACCAGGAAUGUGCUGGGGAAAAGGCUAGGGAUCCUCUUGGAGAUGAGAACGGCAACACAUCUCAAAUAAAGGAUGUGAUUGUGGCAGUAGAAUUAAUGAAGGACCCUCUCAUUGAGAAAAGACCACAUAGAGGCAAAAUGGACGAGAUGAAACGUCGAAAGAUAGCCACUUUCAGCAUAGGAUCUGUGUGUGUAGGAGUUCUGAUCCUCACAUCUUCGGCCUCCGCCACAUGGCUGCCUUUUUUCCCGAUGUGUAUUGGCUGCAUCAUUGGCACUGUGAUCCUUCUAGGUGGUCUUGGUGUGCUCUCCUGGAUCGACCAGGAUGAUGGCAGGCACUCUUUUGGUCAUUCUGGAGGAUUCACAUGUCCGUUUGUUCCACUGCUACCAGUUAUGUGUAUCCUCAUAAAUACAUAUUUGUUGAUAAACUUGGGCGGCGACACAUGGAUGAGAGUCAGCAUAUGGCUCCUGAUGGGUGUUUUUGUGUACAUCUUCUACGGGCGAACCCACAGCUCCCUAACAGAUGUUGUCUAUGUCCCCUUAGCGCAGGCUGAUGAGAUAUACAGGAGUUCAUCAGAGUAUGUCUCCUAGAAGAGAAACUUUGCAGUCUUCUUUGGUUUCAUGCUAGAGUGGGCAGAACAUCAAUGGCCCCCAGAUGUGUGGAUAAUUGGAUAUCAGCCAGCAGGAAGCAUGUGAAGGGUCUUUUUGAACUUUCAUAUCUAGUUCACGAGAUCUCAUGGCUGCAAAAUGUAGGCUGUGCGUGGAAUUAGCCGGGUCAAUUUAUACAUUGUUGGAGGAAUAUGCAUAGGUGUGGUGUAUAUAAACCCAAUUGGUUGGAGUAUUUGAUACUGUGUGUUAUUCAUGUAUAAGCCCUUUGUACUGAAACGGGUGAAGACUGAAAAGAGUUGCUGAAAAGUUACACAAAUUGCAAUAGAACUAUAGAAGCCACUUGGUUUAAA